UUACUGGGAAUACAAACAAGGAUGGUGUUGUAAAAAACACCCUGACAGUUCCAACCAAGACUAAGUUCCUAAGAUUUUACCCUACAGACUAUUAUGGCUAUCCAGCUAUGAGGGUUGAAAUGUACGGUGUACCUGUUGUAUGUGGGAAACCAUUUGGUCUCGAAAAGGGUGGCAACUUGGGGAAUAUCGGGGUAACAGCAUCAUCAUCAUCAGACAAUUCCCAUGAUGCAUCUGAUGGACGUCUCUAUGGUGAUGCGUCAUGGUGUAGUAGUACCUCAUCAAACUCAGAGUACAUACAGAUUGACUUUGGGAAGAUGGCUACCCUGACUGGUAUAGCUACACAGGGUGACCACACUGAUGAUAAAUGGGUGAAGACUUACAUCCUUAAGUACAGUUUUGACGGAAUUCAAUGGAAUGAUUACAAAGAGGGCGGAAAUAAUGCAAAGGUUUUUCAGGGCAAUUCUAACAAGAGUGGCAUUGUUGUUAGAUGGUUGAAUCGUCCAACCACAGUCAGAAACAUCAAAGUUCAUCCCCAGACCUGGAAUAGUGAUAUAUGUAUGAGACUAGAACUGUUUGGAUGUUCAUCGCCUUCGACCCUGAAAAUAUCAGAAUUGUCAAAUAAAAACCUUACAGCAUCAAGUGGUAGCCAUGUUACUUUGACUUGCAAGGUACAAGAACCCUUAGUACAGUCCAUUGAAUGGCUCUCUGAUGGUAAAGUUGCAACACAUCUCUCAGGUGGUAUUGAGCGUGAUGCAACGUCAACCAAAUCUUCACUGCUUGUAAACUACACCAGUGCUGCUGAAGUGUUAGCAAAUACUCGGUGCUCGAAAGAAGCAAAGUUUGUAAUAUGCAGACGAAAUAUAGUUUGUAAAGUAAGAUAUACGAAGGACAGCAAUUCUAAAGAGUCCAUCCAAGGUGCAGAGGUCCAGAUUCGUCUUGAUUAUCCAUCAGCUCCCUCAUUGACAACCGUCUCUAAUAAAUUAACCGACUCGGUGGAAAUCAAUUGGACUGGGAACAUCAAGGAUUCGCAACCAGUAGAUCGAUUUCUUAUAAAGUACUGGAACCACGAAAGCACAAAUACAGUAAAUGUGAAAAAAACUCUUAUAACCUAUAAAGUGACUGGUUUAUUAGCUUGCACGUACUAUGAUGUGUCUAUCAAGGCUGUAGGUGCCCUCGGUGAAGGACCAUGGAGUAAAACUUUGAACUUUAGAACAGAAUCUGAACUGCCUAAACCUCCAUCCAAUGUUACAGUAACGAAGAAAACAUCUCAAAGUAUCCUUGUAAAAUGGCAGGUUCCUGCUGGAAUCAGAUGUCCACCCAAUGGAUCUAGAAUUUCCUUCUCAACUUCAAAAGGGGGAGCUUGGACGACAAAAAUUGUCAGAGGUGGCCAGACCACUUCUUAUAACAUUCAGAGCCUAAGCAAGUGGACAGAUUAUUACAUAAAGGUUGAAGUUGGCAACGAAAAAGGAUAUAGUUCACCAAGUCUUCCUAUAAAGGAGCAGCCAGAUGCACCACCAACUAAUUUCAAAGCAACUGCUGUCAGCUCUACAAGUAUCCGCCUUACAUGGGGCUUGCCGGCAAUUGGCAAACGAAACGGUGUCAUUAAAGGAUUUAGGAUAUCAUAUUGUAAGAUAAAUGACUGCCCUACACGAAUAGCUAAGCAACUGAGAAAUAACAGUACUCUUACCCAUGUUUUCGAUAAACUGGACAUGUUUACCAAGUAUUCCUUCAAAAUACUGGCGUACACGUCUGAAGGAAACGGACCUUAUUCAAAAGACGUUAUAAUGAUGACCGACGAAGGACCACCUUCAAAGCCUCUAAAUAUAGAAACCGUAGAUAUUGCGCCAGAUGGUUCAUUUGGACCUCGACUUAGAGUAUCUUGGGACGUUCCUUCACCUUUGAAUGGAAAAUACAUAAGAAAAUACAGUGUUUCUUACAAGGCAGAUGGAAUGAAUGUGGUCGAUAACACUUUGAAUGACAACAAAACAACAACCAUCUUGAAUGUAUGUGGCGGAGUCAACUAUGUUAUCAAUGUUUGGGCUCGUACUGUUUCGGAUGGUGAAAAGGCAAAGAAAGAUGUGACAACAAAUACUUAUGCUCCUAUGAAUGUGCCUUCUGGUUUGAAGUCACACGAGCACAACACAUCGACUUUCAACAUUUCAUGGUUGCCAAUACCGUCAACCGAAGGUCGCAUCCUCGUUUAUGAAUUAUCAGUACUUCGGUUUAACAGUACUGCUAGACUAUCGAAUCUUCAAACGUUUAUAAACGUAACUUGCCCCGAAGUAGCCUGUCGAGGAUCCGCAAGACAUCGAUGUAGUCAUGUUCUUCAUAAUCUCCCUCAAUGCGCUAAGUUUAAUUUGAGUGUGCGUGCCUAUACAGACAAAGGACAUGGAAAAUUAACCGAAGACUUUACUUUAGAAACAUCAGUUCCAGGACCUUCAAGGGAGCUUAAAACAGAAAAUAUUGGUAAAAAUUCAGUCAGGCUGACUUGGCUUGAACCUCAACCACUUUCAAAGCCAGUUCUAAAGUACACGAUCAAGUAUUUUGGAGAAAAAGAAUAUGACUUUGAUGGGGAAAAGACAUUUGAUGGUGAAGAAGAAACCAAGAUGACAAGUCUAACAAUCACCG